AUGCGUGUGGAUGCCCGGCAUGGCAGCUCCGCCACUAUAGGAUCCAGGCUGUACAGUCCCGUAAUGGACCCGGGCAUGGGAAACGCCAGCGUGCGCCGCCAGCCGGCAGUGUUCACGUCCGUCUUCAACUCCAGCUGUCGCUUUGAUGAGGAGUUCAAAUACAUUCUCCUUCCCGUCUCCUACGGUCUGGUGUUUGUGUUCGGUUUCGUUCUCAACGCGACGGCCUUGUGGGUCUUCUCGAAGAUGCGUCCGUGGAAGCCCAGCACCGUGUACAUGUUCCACCUGGCCCUGUCGGACUUCUUGUACGUGCUCUCCCUGCCCACCCUCAUCUACUACUAUGCCAACCGCAGCCACUGGCCCUUUGGCCUGGCUGCCUGCAAAGCGGUUCGCUUCCUCUUCUACGCAAACCUCUACUGCAGCAUCCUCUUCCUCACCUGCAUCAGCGUGCAUCGCUACCUCGGCAUCUGCCACCCAAUCCGGGCGCUGACCCUGGUCAAGUCCCGGCACGCCCACCUCGUGUGCGGCACCGUGUGGGCUCUGGUGACCCUCUGCCUGGUGCCCAACCUCAUCUUUGUGACCACCUCCACGAGGGACAACGACACCCUGUGCCACGACACCACCAACCAGGCGGCCUUCAAGGAGUACGUGGACUACAGCUCCGUGGUCAUGGCGCUGCUAUUCGGCAUCCCAUUCCUGGUGAUCGUGGUGUGUUACUGCCUGAUGGCGCGGACUCUGUGCCGGCCCCGACGGGGAUUAUCUGCCAGCCAGCAAGGCGCCAGCUCCCGUCAGAAGUCCAUCAAGCUGAUCGUGGUGGUGCUGCUGGUGUUCGCUCUGAGCUUCGUCCCGUUUCACGUCACGCGGACGCUCUACUACACCUCCCGGGUGCUGAACCUGAACUGUGAGUUCCUCAACAUUGUGAACUUCACGUACAAGAUCACCAGGCCUCUGGCCAGCAUCAACAGCUGCAUCGAUCCCAUCUUGUAUUUUCUGGCCGGGGAUCACUACCGCUCCAAACUGAUGUCUGCUGUGACUGGGAGAAGAUAUGAUACGCAGAAAGGCAGACAAGACGGCCCUGGACAGCCUCUGGCCCCUUAA